UACUCUAUGGUGCUGUGCCAUAAUCUGUGUUGGUGCUGCUGGUGGUGGAUUUUUACUUUUCUAUUUUAAUUUUAAUUUUAAUUUUAAACAUAAUUAUUUUAAUAAUUACGCACGAAACCCAAAUUUUCAAAAGUACAUCGUGUUUUACUUAAAAAUGGGAAGUUCACAAAAAAGUGCUCAUUUUUUGGAGAGCAAAGCGUUUCCAACAUUGAAAGUAACGGCAAUGGAAGAAACUUUAACCCAAGCAAUUGGAAACUUCAGAGAUCUCGUACUGGAAUUUGAGCAACUUCACAUGGAAAAUAUAGAUUACAAAAUAAUGUUUCAUGAGCAGAAGGAAAAAUUGGAAAACCAAACUUGUAGCAGCUGUGAUAAUUUAAAGAAGAUUAUUGUUGCAAAGGAGCAGAUUUUAUCAUCUAUUGCAUCAGGGUUAAACAAAUUAAGUCAAACAAAAGACUUCAGUAUCAUUCAAAUUAUACUCAAACAAAUAAAUGGAGAUACAGACAUAUUAACUCCUCCGGACAAUAUAUCACCACUAAAAGAUAACAACCAAAACCAUGUAAUUGCAAAGGAAGUUAUGAAAGAAAAUAAUGGAACUCCUUUUAAAAGUCCAAAGAAAGAGGAGCCUUUGGAAUGUCAAGAUGAGUCUGUGUCAGAAAUUGAAGGUACACCAACUGGUCGAAAAAGUCCAAUACUUCAGAGUAAAAUAAAGAAUCUUAGUAUCAAAGACAAAAAGAAAUGUCCAAAUUCAUGGCCCACACCAGAAAAUAAAUCUCUAAAACUGACAUACCCCAGUCCUACUCACAGCAAGUCAGGAGGCAGAAUGAGGCAAGGAAGGCUGAACUUUGUCAAAAUCAAAAAUUGCAGUGUAGUCGACCUAACAUGCUCGCCGGAAAACAGAGCCGAAAUUGUUUAUAACGAAAAUAAUAUACAGUGCAAUGUGAAAAAAGAAAUGAUAGACAACGAUGAGACCAUAAUGCCAUCUCCCACAAGUGCAGCUGUAAAUUUUCCACCACUAUACGAGUACAAGUCAAUCGCUAACAGCAGCCCUAGAAAGUUUCCCACCGUCGCCAAAUUGAAAAUAAAGGCAGAGUCGAGCGACAGCGACGCUGAAAAUAUAGUAAAACUGGAAAACGAGAAAUCUGCUGACCACUCCAUAAAUAUCCUAAACCAAUAUUCAAACAGAUUUAAAUCACCAAAGAAAAUAGUAAAAACAGAGGACGAGACGCACUGCGAUGAAAGCAUAUCUCUUUUGCAACACAAUAAACAUAUCGACACUCGGAGGAACAAUAACCAACUUAAUAGUCCGAGCAAACGCCCCCUCGCCGAGAACGUCAACAUAAUGAACAAGCAGGAUCACGGAAACGAGUCAAGCAUGUCUAUACUGCAGCGCGAACCAAUUGCUGCUACACUAGAGAAAGCUAAUGAUGAUGUUGUGAAAAGGGUGAAAACAAACAUGGCGCCGGUGUACAAAGAGCCCGCAGUAAGGAAGAAGGCGGAGAAACGCGCUCUGCUCGGCUGGAGCUGCGACGAAUGCAAGAACUUUUACGACGAGCUAUACAAAGACGACCCGGCGAUGCUCGCGCAGAAAAUGGACGAAUGUUCCAAACACCGCGGACGAACGAACCCUGUCAGACCGAAGACACCUGAAGGAUUCUGGAACCCGCGUUGGGACGUCCCUCAGGAUACGGAGGAAUUCAACAGAAGGAAUAACGCUAUUUGAUACACCCUGUACAUAUUGUAACACUAGGGAUGCAAAGAAGAACAAUGUCAUAUACAUUCUACAAUUUUAUCUAUGUAGGGCUGGAAAGAACAAUAUAAAUAUAUAUAAAAUAACAAAGCUCUCUAAUGGUAAAAAAAUUACCCCUUAGAACACCACACACUUUACCUGUUUAAAAUAUUUUUAUUUUUAUUAAUAGGAUUGAAGAAUAAAUAAAGCUGUAAACAGUGGCGGAUUUACCAGUAGGCUAAGUAGGCUACAGCCUAGGGCGGCAUAUUUCAGAGGGCGGCAAAUUUGGCCUAAAUAGUUUUUAUUACUUACGGACAUAAAGAAAACUACUCUUAAAAACAUCCUUAAAAAUUUCAAUAUUGUAGUCCUUUGUACGUACUAACAAAUUAACAAUAUUUAAAAUUGAAAUGUUACCGACUGAUAAAAUCUUCUAAAAAUGUUCGCGAACAGUAGUAGAACAAAAAUUGAAUAGCCUACUGGCGGCACAUUUUUUAAUCCGCCACUGGUUUUAAAGAAUAAAACGCUGUUUGAUAUUACUACACUAGUGUUAUAAAGACCUCUGAAAGAAGCGUUUUAAUUUAAAUAAAUACUCUUUGUAGAAAUAGCUUUAAUAAAAACAUAAAAUAAAUAAUUGUAAAGUGUAAUUUAAUAAUCCCGCCAAUAAAUAUAUUAUUACUGUAAUAUAUUGUAAAUGGAUACCUCAAUAUAAUUUUAAGAAUUUGUGAUUUGUUAUUAUUUUUAUUUGGUGACCAAUAAUUAUAAUUAACUGUAGUAAAUAGAAUUAAUACAAUAUUUUUAAUAUGUAAUUUAAAUUUUUUACAAUAAAUUGUCAAUAGUAAUU